AUGUCUUCUCCAACCUCAAUCUCAAAGACCACCACCUCACACUCGAUCCCCCUCGUCUACCGCCUCUUCCACCUCUACAUGGAGCCGUUCUCCGCCAUCGUCGGUGCCGCCCAAUCCCUCUUCACGACCCCAUCUUAUCUCUCCAUCAUCACUCAACCCAAUGUCUACGUCUCCGGCGCCCCUCUCACCUCUCUCAACCAUCUCCUCCUCGCGCAAGUCGCGGGGCUGUACGUCCUCCUCGGUGUAGUGGAGCUUGCCGUGCUGCGCCCGUCAAGGGACUUGAGAGUCUGGAGGGGGGUGAUUAUGGCGAUUUCGUUCUCGGAUGUGGGCCAUCUGUACGCGGCGUGGGUGGGCCAGGGCGGUUUAGAGAGAACGGGAGGCGUAUUCUGGGAUCCGAGGCUUUGGAGAGGUGAGGAGUGGGUCAAUUUGGGUCUGACGUGGUUCGGGUUUUUCUUGAGGUUGGCGUUUCUGGCCGGGGUGGGGAUGGGUGGGGUGAAGGAGGAAAGGAAGCGCGAGUGA